GAGAUAGAGAGAGAGCGUGAUGACGGACUUAUGUCGGCUGAGUUUUGAAGAUUAAGAAAAGGCGGCUUCGUGCUUGUGUGCUGCAAAAGGAUGGCAACUUGGCGUCCCAAUCUCUUUGCCAGAUUCAUCUGCCUCCCCACCCACUCUCUCUCCUCUCUCUCCCUCUAUUUAUACCAUUCAACCAUUCAACCCUUCAUCUUUCACCCUCGAGAAUCAAGAGCUUAUCCAUGGAAACCGAACGCUACGGUGAUGAUGCGACGACAGAGAAGGAGCGAAUCAAGAGAAGGCCGCACCACCUCCAGCAGCAGCAGCAGCUGAAGAAGCCGUACCGGGGAAUCCGGAUGAGGAAGUGGGGCAAGUGGGUGGCCGAGAUCAGGGAGCCCAACAAGCGCUCCCGUAUCUGGCUCGGCUCCUACGCCACCCCCAUGGCCGCCGCCCGCGCCUACGACACCGCCGUCUUCUACCUCCGCGGCCCCUCCGCCCGCCUCAACUUCCCCGACCUCAUCUGCCGCGAGGGCCGCGACUCGCUGCGCGGCGAGGUCUCAGCUGCCUCCAUCCGCCGGCGCGCCACCGAGGUCGGGGCCCAGGUGGACGCUGUCCAAGUGGCGGCUGCAGCUGAGUCAAGGCGGUGCCUUGCCCCGGACUUGAACGAGUGCCCGAAACUGGAGGACUUGGAGGAGAUUCAUCACGAGUCUCUGUUUUGAAAUGCUUUCGCCGCGGGGGAGGAAAAGCCAGGUUCAGGAACGAACACUGAUUGCCCGGAUCACGGAGGCGUAAAUGAAGGCCAGGGCUGGUGAGAAUCAAGGAGCAAAUGAAGAACGGUUGAUCUCUUUGCUCGUGCAGAUUAGCGCUACGUCCGCCUCUAGUUCUUCGAGCGUGGGAGGAGAAUUAAUUUCCAUUUGCUGACUGUAAUUUCUCUUUCCAUUCUUCUUUUCUUCAUAGAAAAAGAGAUCAAUCCAGGGAAACGAUUCCGACCA